CUCAACCCCUCCCCCUUUUUUCUUCUCUGUCAUAUGCACGUCGGUUCGUAUAGAAUUCGAGAAUUUUGAAGUUGCAGAAGGAGGAUAACGGAAGAUUGGUGUUCGCUUCCUAGCUAGAGGAUUAAAACAAGAGGUUACGUCAGUAUUCUGUGCCGAUCUACGCUGAAAUUGAAAGAAACAUUGUAAGCCCAUAAAGAAACACGGAAGGUGGAAAAGUUGAUAGCUAGAGAUAACUUCUGAGACUACAUUUCUUUUUGGGUUGAAGGGUCACCAUGGCUGCUCUAUUACCUGCGGAUUCUUCACACCAUGAAGCACAUGAAGCUGGCCCUCUAAGACCUUACAAUGAGAUAGAAGAUGGUGGCCGUUGGUAUUUCUCUAGGAAAGAUAUUGAAGAGAAUUCUCCAUCUAGAAAUGAUGGUAUUGACUUGAAAAAAGAAGCUUAUCUUCGCAAGUCAUACUGUACAUUCUUACAAGAUCUGGGAAUGAGGCUUAAAGUGCCUCAGGUUACAAUUGCCACAUCCAUAGUAUUCUGUCACCGUUUCUUUCAUCGACAAUCCCAUGCUAAGAACGAUAGGAGAACCAUUGCUACAGUUUGCAUGUUUCUUGCUGGGAAGGUUGAAGAAACUCCGCGUCCUCUUAAAGAUGUGAUUAUUGUUUCUUAUGAAAUUAUUCAUAAGAAGGAUUCUGCUGCUGCGCAGAGGAUCAAGCAGAAGGAGGUAUAUGAACAGCAAAAAGAGCUAAUUUUGGUGGGGGAGAGGUCUCUGCUAAUAACCCUUGCUUUUGACCUAAAUAUGCAGCAUCCUUAUAAGCCUCUUGUUGAUGCAAUAAAGAAAUUUAAGGUUGCUCAAAAUGCUCUAGCUCAAGUAGCCUGGAAUUUCGUCAACGAUGGGCUGCGGACAUCCCUUUGCUUGCAAUUUAUGCCCCACCACAUUGCCGCAGGUGCCAUUUUCCUAGCUGCCAAGUUCCUCAAGGUUAAGCUCCCAUCAGAUGGGGACAAGGUCUGGUGGCAGGAGUUUGAUGUCAACCCACGCCAGUUGGAGGAAGUUAGCAAUCAAAUGUUGGAACUAUAUGAACAGAAUAGAGUAGCACCAUCUCAAGCAAGUGAAGCCGAAGGAAGUGCUUCAGCCGGGGUCAGUAAUAAGGUUCCUUCAAAACUUCCUACUGCCACUGAAGAACAUGCUGCCUCACCUCAGACUGCAGCAGCCCCAUCCAAACCUGGGGGAUCUUUGAAACCGUCUUCAUCUCGAUCUGGACCUGACCACCCUAUAUCUGAUAAUACCACGUCUUUGAAAACGAACCAGAAUCCGGAAAAUGAUUAUGACAGCACAGAGCUAAAGAGUCUUUCUGACCAAAAGGGAGAUGGUGAAGUUAUUAACAACCAUUAUGAAUCAGGACAGCCCCAUAAAGACGAAAGUUUUGGUGAAGGUCUGGAUGGGAGAAAUGAACAACCGGUCAAUGUUGAUAGUGUUGCUGUUGGCCGGUCCCCUCAAGAAGCUAUUAAGAAGAUAGACAAAGACAAGGUAAAGGCAGCUCUUGAGAAACGAAGGAAGUCAAGGGUCGAUGUUAGCCAGAAAACAGAUUUGAUGAACGAUGAUGAUCUGAUCGAGCGUGAGCUUGAAGAAGGCAUUGAAUUGCCGACCGAGAAAAGGCAUGAUGAAAAUUUCGAAGAUUAUAAUAGGUCAACAAGCAGCAACCGGAAGAGGAAGUCUAGAAGCCCUAAUGAUGAGCAACAACAGUAUAAUAGACAUGAAAGGAGUGGUAGUAGUAGUAGUGGUGGUCAGAAGAAGAGGCACUUGCAUGAAAAUCACUUCUAAAGGUUCUUCUUCUAAUGAUCCAAUGCUUGUUGAAUGAAUUAUUUGUUUUAAAAAAGAAAGAAAAAGAAAACACUUCCAAGAAUAUUUCCCUUUUAAUACUUUAUUUGUAAUUUGUAUUCUUCCACUUAUUUCACAGGAUUUUGUAAAAUAGAUUAAUAUUUUCAUCUUUAUUUGUCUUCCUUAAACAAUGCUGCUUAUAUUUU